UUAGGAAAGAAAUGGCGUUCACUGACUCCGCAAGACAGAAGGCCGUAUGUAGAAGAGGCCGAGAGGUUACGAGUAAUACACAUGACCGAACACCCUAACUACAAAUACCGGCCAAGACGCCGGAAACAUAAUAAGCAACGAACAGCUUCCGGUACGGGGCCGCGAGUAGGGUCGUCUUUACCAAGCCCAAAUCUGCCUAACAUGUCACCCCGUUACACAGGAUACAUUCCAAAUGCAAGCUUAUCCCCCGGUGUUCAAGCGAAUAGCUUUGGCACACUAGAUUUCUCAAAUUCGUCAAACGUCACCGAUUACUCUCAACAAUCCGUCGACAAGCGAUACAGCCCGGUGAAUUUUCAACACAAAUACGGUCAAUACAGUUACGUCAGUUACCAGCAGAAUUACCCUCAGAAAAGUACGUACGCGAUGCAUACACCUGACGCAUCACCUACGCACAGUCCGGAACCGAAAAUGCUAUUAAAACAGCCGAAAAGCCCGCAAUCGUCAAACGACGAGGGAAAGGAAGAAUCUACGUCGGCGCUCCCGACGCCGGAAUUGUCACCCCUCGAACAAGAAAAGGAUUUCAACUACGCAGACGAGAAGCAACAACGGAUUUCUAACAUACAACACACGAGCAACAUAACCAAUCCAAACUUAAACUCGAAUGUUAAUCUAAGUCCCACUCAUCAAGGCUACACAACCAGAGUGCAAAAUUUCCGUCAAAGCAACGCCGUUAAUUACACAGACUCUCAGCCAAUAACAUCGGUACCGAUGGGUAACGGCAUGUACGUAAUGUGUGCCAAUAAAAGCUCCGUCGAGCAAGGUCACGUUGUGACGGGUACCUUUUAUCCUCCGGUCGCAACAUCUCAAGACCAACAAUUGUUAGGUGCAAAUCAACCGCAAGGUUCUCUAAGUAAUACGAUUGCCGGUAGUUCUAGUACUAUACAUUAUUACUCGUCAAAUAUGCAUCAGUAUUACCCCGCAAAAGACUAUUACAAGGAAGGUAUGCCAAUGAUGAAUGAUCACGAAACUAAAUCCGACUACUUAGGAUAUAACCCGAGCUUAAAAAGUAAUAUUUUGGACAAACCAGACUAUGAUCUCAGUUAUAAGCCACCCGUGCAAGACUCUUACCCCCCGUCGUACGGAAGCAACAUGGUCCAAACUUAUAUUCCUCAGGCGGAAGAGCGAAGUGAUGUUGAUAGUGAUGUAGACACUAGAGAAUUUGACAAAUAUUUAAAAUUAAUUAAUAACGAUCCAAACUUGAUAGACUCAAAUCACAAUUAUCAUAGGAACGAUAAUAUUUCAACUAAUAUUACUUACAAUUUUCAAGCUCAACAUACAUCUGUGAUCUUGCCUAAUACUAAUGUUAAACCAGAACCAGUGAUGACUCACUAUCCAGACAUGUACGGCCAUGAAGUUAUUCCCAAUGGUGUUCAAAAGAACGAUGACGAUUUUAGCGAAAUACUCGCAGACGUUAGAAAGACUUGUUAUAGCAAUUGACACGUACUGAAUGUUAGCCCCGAAAAUUUGUAAAUAGAUUAAGUGUGCAAUAAGUAUGCGAAUUCUGGUACGAGGUGAGAAUACAUACAAGAUAAUUUUUUGGGCAAUUCGUACCUACAUGCUGAAGUGCUCAAGACACCCCAAAAUACUCGUAACAGAUCUUCACCUUUGGCCUGCAAGAACAAUUAGUAGAAAAGUACGUCUUUUUAAUAUUUUGUAUUACUGUUUAUAGCAAAUGUAUGAUAUUCAUACAAGUCCCUUUCACAAGCAUUCUUUAGAUGGUAGCAUUUCGCAAAUGUGAAUUUCGACAAUAAAUCAGAAGUGGUAUAGUGAUAAGAAAAAUUGUGUAUAUUGUUUUUUUUAAAUUUCUGUCAUGUACAUAGUUGUAUACAAAAUUUUUACAUUUAUUCUGUUAAAUAUAAAUUCCUGUUGAAAUUUAUUGAAAACCAAAGUUUGUAAAUUUGUAUAAUAAAAUUAAUAUACUUGUAAUAUUUUAGGUAUGGCAAAACCUACGCUUUUGUAGGUGUAGUCACUUGGGAAAAUAUAUGUUAUUUUAUUUUGA